GGAUCAGUUUAAAGCACCUCCCAUCCACACAGCCAAGCUACCUUUGCAAGAGGCAACGACUGCCGGGAUGACUUGUCAGGAUCGACUGCCCGGACUGCAGUUGGAUACAGCUAUCAUUUUAACUUGGUUCAUCAACUAGUCACCAAAUUUUGACAAUAUUAUUUCACUAUUUUUAAUGAAAAAGGUGAUACAGGAAUGCACAUGAAGUUUUUAUGGAAAAAUAGGUCACAGACUUCUCUAUUUGUGUAGAGCACUGAACAGUUCUGGAAUACUGAUUUUUUCAGCUAAUGAACCUGUUUCCUAAAACUUCUUCAAGCUGGUUAAAUUAGCUACCAGUGACCACACUACUGCAGAAAAGUGACUACUGAAUCUUCUUUUUAAUGAGUGAAUAGGACAUAGACUUCUACAUAUGUUCGAGUACAGUGCAGUGGAUUGCUGACUUCUGUCCAUAUAGAUAAGUGCCAUUAGCGCAAAACUUCAUCAAGGAAGAGCUUCGACUGUUGAGAACCUAAAGAAAUAGGCCUACUGCAUAGCUGUGACAAUUUAUUUCUUAAUGAGGCAUAAAUUGACAUCUACAUGUGUUGAACACUGAGCAGGAUCUGUGUUGGAACACUGGUUUCUUUCCGAAUUCCAGAGAAAUGAAUAAAUAAGUGCCCCAUGUUAACCAGCUGCUUAACAGAACAUAUACCACAUUCUGUAAGCUUUUUCAGGAUUUGCAUAAAGUUGGAAGUGAAUUGGUUAACAACUGAAUAUACACUGCGUUGGUCUACCCAGUUAAGACUGGUCUAGCAGGUUAGGAUCGGAGCAGAACCCAUGUUCAAAAAAGUCAUCAUACCAUUGCCUUGAACUGUAUUGGUCAGCAAGGGUCAAGUUCUUAGAAUGUCCAGAAACUGACCAGGGAGUUUAUCCAGCAUUCCUAAGAAUUGCACUUUUUAAGGACUUAGGAUGACUGGUAUCCACGAUGACGUACGCAGGUCAUUCCGAAGAUGAGAUGGAAGACUGUUUAAAAAGAGCUGGCGAGCCGGAGAUUUGAUACAAAUCCCUCAAGUGGACUUGAGAGAGAAGUGCUAUGACAAUUCUGCUUUUGAGAAGAUCAUGUUUAAGAUCAUAUCAUGGACUAAUCAUAAUCAUAUCAAGCAAAGUUGUUUAAAGGAUACAAUAUUUCAGAUUUGAGAGAUACUAUUUUUAGAGGGAUUUAGGAGAGCAUAAAACUAAAGAAGCUGAUUAAAAUCAACUUGACAUGUUGAAAAUGUGAAUGUCUACAAACGGAAAAUACCACUUGGAAUCUUAAUCAUUUUUGGGGGCGGACAGCUCACUAUCAGGGCAGUGAAUUUGCAGCAAUAUUCCAGACUACUUUCAACUAUUUCUGAUGAAGAGGAACUGCAUCUUAUGAUAAUUUUAGACAAUAAGAAAAAAAAUCUUCUGGUAGGAGUGACGAUUGUAUGAUUUUUUUUCCUCGAUAGUCAUACGUUCUAUUGCAAGCACAAUAGAGGACCGUCACCAGAAUCUUAGCACAUUACCUCUUUUGCUCGUUAUGUAUGCACUCAAUUUAUUCAAGAUGCUACAGGGCAUUUUCUUGGUUGCCCUGGCAACCUGUCUAGCUUCUGUCACAGCCGAGAGGAUUCAGGAAUGGAACACAUGGCAACAGGUCCGACUCCCCAAGAUGCACACGGAACAAGAUGCAGAGUCGGACCAUCUUUCAAAGACUGCCAAGGCACUUCUUGACUUGAAGGCAGGAAAGAGAGUUAAGUUUGGAGGUGACCUUUUAGAUUUGGAAUCUAUUGAGAGGAGUCUUUCAUAUGAACAAACCAGUGCUAAAAACUUGAGCGAUACCAUCAGAACUAAAAUCAGUGUGGACCAUGCUCAAGAUCUCCUGAACAUGAAGCGUUAUCCUGGAGACAGUGCAGGGAACAUGGACCUUGGGGAACCCCGCAGGAAGCGACAGAUCUUCGGUGCAGACACUCGGUACCAGAUCACCAAGGAGUUCAGUAAGAUAUUCCCAUUUUCUGCAGCCGUGCAGCUCUCAACAGGCUGUUCCGGAGUAUUGAUAGGGCCACGGCAUGUCCUGACCGCAGCGGAGUGCAUUCACAAUGGAAAGCGAUACCGCGGUAAUUCCAAGAACCUUCGGGUUGGGCUUAUCCGCACAGGGAACCGUACGACAUCCGGAAGAGCACCCUCUAGGAACUCCAAGCGUGAUGCUAGUUUAGUGUGGUACAAGGUUGAAAAGUUGUACAUCCCUGAUGGGUGGGUGUCGCCAAACCUCAUGGAACAGCCCGAUACGUUCAAUUAUGCCGUUCUCGAACUCAACAAAGACCACAGGCAAAACUGCAUGGAGGUCGGUGUAAGCUCCAAUCUGAACACCAACAGAAUGCAACGCAUCCACUAUUCCAGUUUUGACGAUUAUGAAUACCUUGACAACCCCGUCCUCGCAUACAGACAUUGCUUCAUCGAGCACGUGAGCGACACAAACAAUUACCUCUACGAAAAGUGUGACUCUUCGAAAUCGUCGGUCGGGGCAGGUAUAUACCUUCGAAUGUGGGACAGUGAGAAUUGGCAGUGGUCGCGACGCGUGAUGGCGGUGAAAACGUCGGAAACGGAGAGAGUACGAGUUAGGGGUAGGUUGUUGAAGGCUGCGAGGGACGUUCGGUUGACGCUUUUAAACUUUGCUCAAAUCUGUUACUGGGUGAUGCGGGAUUUUGAGGCCUGCAGUCGAGGAAGAAUCGAAGAUGCUUGUCUUAUGGCUUAGACGAUAGCAUCGUCAAGGGUUGGAUUCAAGCACCCUCUUUUCAGAUUCAUGUGUUUAUACGACACUUUGUUAACUACAUGACUGCAUACAAGUGAUGGAGUUCUUUCAAAAUGCAGGAAAAAAGACACUAUAAAAUGUGGGCGAUUUGUAACACAUUUCUGCAGAGCCAGUGUUUCUAAAAAGUUGUUUAAAUUCAGUGGAUCAGGAAAGAUGCUCCAGUGCCCCAAUGGAUACCAAUGAAGAUUGAGUGAACAUAGCACUUGGUAAAAGACUCUACUGGUGUAUGGUGUAUAGAGGUUAGAGAAUGGAAAAGAAACUAUGCAAUUUACAGUCAAACAUUUUUAAAAUGUCAUUUCAAAAGCAUCUAUUUUCAUAUGUCAUUCAGCUUUGAGCAAUUUGCUUGAAUCCAAAUGAAAUCUUCUAUGAUAUUGAAUUUACAUCAUGGUAAGAAAAAGGGCCACUUCAUAGAUACUUGUGAAAAUGGUAACUUUGUCGCUAUGGAAACUACCAUGGUAACCUUAAUUUUUAUUGAAUGUUACCAUGGUAAUCACUAAAAUGGCAUAGUAGCCGUAACCUAUUUUAUUUAGGACACCAGCAUUGGAUUAAUGAUUUCAAAAUAAAUUAUUUUAAAAAAAAUCCUAAUGUAUCAAAGUAGUUUGCAUAAUCAAUCAUGUCAUUAGAGUAAUGCUGCUUUGAAUUAUAUUUCAAAAUAAUUAUUUAUCUUUUGGGGCUUAUUAAACAUAUCUUAAUUAAGUAGUGUAGUUUUUGUGUAUCAUUUCAAGUAGGAAUAAUGCUUUUCUUAGUUGAUAAUGUAUAAAGAACCAGUAUAUUUGAAUGGUGCAAAAUUUUAUUAUUUUUGUGUGUAAUUCAGCUGAAAAUGACUAAUAAAUAUUUCGACAACAAAACUAUGCAAAGACAGGGAGAAAGGGGUCAUUAAGAGUAAAUAAAUACUUAAGUUUCAUUGUAAAUGUAAAUCUUAUAAAAGUACAUUGGCCACUGAAUAUGUAAAAAAAAAUCUUAUGUGAUUUGUAUGAUAUCUAGAGCACUAUCUUGGCAAUGUUUUAAUUUGUUACAAAAAGGGCAAUUUGAACACUUUUCUCAUGAAUUUAGUGAUUUGAUAUUAGAAAUGGACAGAUACAUCUUUUAUUUUCCUGAAAUUUUUAGUGCAUCCCAUGCUUGGAAAGAGGGAUUUCUAAUCAGUAAGCAAAAAAUAUGCAACCAUCUAUUUGAAAGGACACCCAACCGCGAUAAAUUGCCAUGUAAAAUCGCAAAUGUCAUCCAGCAAAACGUGAUCUUAUAGGUACUAGAAACCAGUAGUUGCAGAAAACAAUUUUUUUCAUGAGAAAGUCUUUUAAAUCAAGGUUAAUUGUCAAAAUAUUAUCAUACAUCUAUUUCUGGUACAUUGAUGUAAACUCAUCUGUGUAGAAUCAUGAAAACUUAGGUCAAAAUCGAUAAUUCUGAUGGUCACUUACACAGAAAAGCAUAUGUGGGACAGUGAAUUAAUAUUGCUUCGAAAAAUACCCGACAUUUGAUGGAAUUCCGUGCUUAUUUUACUCAUAUCUCUGCAAUUACGCAUUUUCUUCCAGAGAUAUUUGGCACAUAUUCUUUAAUCAUACAUACAAACACUUUGGUGGUAAUUUCAUAGGAUUCUGUUCAAACUCAUUU